UCUCCCCGUGUGAUCGUUAUCUCAGGGGCCCGAGCCCUGGGACUCCUCGCCGAACUGUCGGGCAGCACCCGGGACUCUCAUCGGCCUCAACCCCCAAACGGGCAUCUCGUCGUGGGGGAGAAGCAUCCGGACCAUACGAGCCGGGACCGUGGUUUGGGGUGCGGGAUGGAAGCGCAGAGGAGGUUGGGGUGCCUGACUUCUUUUUUCUGGCUCCUUCUGGGCUCCCCCUCCCUGCCACAGGCCCCAGAGGACCAUCACAUCGGGGCCAUGUACUUAACGGCGGUUCGCGGUGAUGACAGCUUCUUCGAGCUGACAGCAGUCAUCAUGUUGGAUGGGCAGCAGAUGGCAUCCUACAACAGCACGGAUCGGAAGUUAGUUCUCAAUGUCAACUGGCUGUACCAAGUGGUGGGUAGGAAGCUGAUCCAGGAGAAGAAGGCGGACCUGGAGGGCUCUGAGAGGGAUUUCCGCUGGGGCAUGGAGAACUGGGCCUGGUACCAUAACCACAGCAGGGGGACCCAGAUGGUUCAGCAGAUCUUGGCCUGUGAGCUGAACAGAGGCGUCCAGGUGGUCUCUCGCUUCAGAUUUGCCUACCAAGGGCAAGAAGUAUUGUGGCUGGAUGAGCUGAAGGGGACCUGGGAAGCUACUGGGCCCGCCAAAAAGCAGUUUGGACAUUUCUUGGAGGAGAGAGUCUACUGGUUUCAGGAAGCAGAACGCUUCGUCAGAGAGGAAUGCCCAUUCCUGAUGAAGAUGGUUCUUCCCUUCUGGCACCUCAGAGUGCCCACACCGCCGGAGGUGACCGUGACCCGCCACGACGCUAAGGAUGGCAGCGUCAUUUUCACUUGCCUGGCCACCGGUUUCUACCCCAGCUCCAUCCUGCUGCGCUGGGUGAAGGAUGGAGAAGUGGGGUUGUGGGGGGACGAGAGCUCCAGCGGGACCCUCCCCAAUGCCGACUCCUCUUUCUAUGUGCGCCAGACCCUGGAAGUACGGGGAGAAGCUGCGGACACGGGCUACGCCUGUGUGGUGGAGCAUACCACCCUGGAUGUGCCUGUCUUCUACCCAGCCCCAGAGAAGCCUUCAUGGCUGAUGCCACGGGACCAGGCCCUGGGUGUGGGGGCAGCUGCUGUGCUGGUGCUGAGCCCGGCCGUGGGCGUCAUUCUGUGGAAGAAGAAGAAAACAGACUCAGGAGAGCAGAUCGCUGUUUCAGAGCAGGAGAUGACAUCCCUGGAUUGUCCUGAAGUGUGUCCACAAGAGCCGACCAAUCCCGGUGUCUCCCUCUCCCCAGAUCCUAGUACAGAGGCAGGUCAGAGUACCCCAGUGGGUGACAGGGGCAAUUGUUAAUGAGGCUGUGUGAAGGGAGGGCAGAGUUGGGUGGGGAAUGGGGGGUAAGCCCAUCGACACCGGUGCUAUGACUCAAGGGCUCACAGAUAUACUGCAAGAGCAGCCCAUGCAUCAGUCAACACUCUUAGUGACCACGGAGGAUGUCGUACAUAUCAUCUGGGCUCCAGGAGAUGUUUGAGACAACGGGACUAUCCGAUAGAUAAAUCAUAAAUCAGACCAUCGGGGAAGGGGGAAUUGGAGAUUAAAAAUUAUGCCAAUUAUCAGUAUUUGUCCCAGUAUCCUCAAGCCUCAUCACGGGGUCACUGUGGAAGGGUCAGAUACCUGGAGUCUCACAAAAAGUAAGAGGGAGAUUGGAAACAGGGUCCCUUCCUCCCAGACUCUGAGAGACUACCCACCUGAGGCUAUGGAGGAACUCCAGGGAAGCAGACCAGCAGCGGGGAAAGGAAAAGGAGGCAGGGUCCUGUAGUGUCUGAGCCUGCCAAGACCCCAGAGCACCUGCCUCCCUGCUGGAAACACCUUGUCACGGCAUCAUGGGAGGUAGAAGUGAGGGUCACAGGACUCACGGUUGGGUCAGGGCCCUGGGAGCUGAGGGCUCCCUCCCCCUUUGGUCUUCGGUCCAUUGGGAAGGCUGGUUUUCUUGAACCGGUGAGGUGCCUGAAAACUUCCCCCUUCCACACAGUGUUUUACUAUUCUUUCACUGAUGCCAUUUGAACGUUAAAUCUGAACCCCUUUAUAAUGGUUGAUUGUAUUACACCCUCAUUUUUCAGUAGGUGUGUCCUCUGCCACCUAGACUGGGAACCUCUUUUGGGCUGUGCCUGGAUCUUCACUGAUUUUGCUGUGAUUGUCUGAGUCUACCACAUUGUAAAUGCUGAAUAAAUAACACUGACAACA